UCAUCACCACGCGCCUGAUUCCUCACAGUAGCCACGUGGCCUCGUCUCGCCAUGUGGCGCUUCGCGGGAAGCCGCAAGAGCCGUCCGAUCUUCCGCUCCUUUCUGGCCAAAGCCUUCAGGGCAGCAUCGUCGCUCCCCUCCGUUCUCCCAUCUCCCGCGUUCUUUCCGCUGUCUUCCUCGCCUUUCCCAUCAACCCCCCGCCGCUCGCUUUCUCCCAACGUCACCCCACCGCUUUCCACCGCUCCUCGCUCCUUCCCGAUCCCUUCAGCUUCUUCCGCCGUCCCCUUCGAGUCGGCUGUCAGUCAGCCGGCGGCCGUGAGGUCCGAGCCGGUCAGCCGUCAAAUUCUUGAUCUAGACGCUGCGGAUUGCAACCCACGGAGUGCUAGCAGCACAGGAUACAGCCUACAAUUCAACCCGGCGGGUUACCUUAGUUCCUGUAUCAACCGAAUAAGCACUGCUCCUUUGCUCCAAACUGCAAAUGGCAGUAGGGGCGGCAGCAGGCGGUGGCUGCACCACGUGGCAGGAGGCGAAUUGAGGGACGGCGGCAGCGUGGAGGUCGGACAGCCGACGCCCGAGAGCCACCCCGAGCUGCUCGGCCCCAAUGACAUUUUGCCAGGUGUCACCACGGCCGAGUUCGCCGCCCGGCGCAAAGCGGUCAUGUCGCGACUGCCACAUGGCAGCGUGCUAGUGGUGGGCGCGGCACCGGUCCGGUACAUGGCAGGCAUAGUGCCGUUCCCCUACCGCCCGGACUCGGAUAUGGUCUACCUCACGGGGUGCUGGCACCCGGGGGUGGUGGCGGUCAUAGAGAGCAGAGGGGGAGAGGGACAGGGGCCUGAGGUGCAAUUCUCACUGUUCCUGCCGCGGCAGCAAGCUGAUAUGGUGGUGUGGGAUGGCAGGGCGCUGGACCCACCUGCUGCUACGGCCUUCUUCAAGCCAGACAGAGCACUGUUCAUGGAUGCCCUGGACGAGUACCUCUUGGAAGCUCAAAGACGCACCUCAGCACACCGCCCCUCUUCUUCCUCCACCUCUUCCUUUGGGCUCUCUCCACCUCCUCGCAUCUUUUGUGAUCACCGCGCCAACCGCGAUCUGAUUGCUACAGUGCCGGCACUCGCUGCUGAGCUGGCAACCGGGCAGCUGCUGUCAUCCCGUAGUGCCCUGGAUGAGCAGCGGUGGAUCAAAUCUGAAGCGGAACAGGGGCUCAUGCGACGGGCGGCUGAGAUCGCAGGAGAGGCCUUUCUCACAGCAAUGAGGGAGACAGCAGCCGUGGCAGGAGCAGCAGCAGCAGGAGGAGGAGGAGGAGGGUGUGGUUCUGCCGCCCAUAAGGAGGGACACAUGGGAGGCUCGUCGCCCCAUGAAGCUCACAUCGCUGCUCUGAUCGAGUUUGAGUGCAAAUGGAGGGGGGCACAGCGGUUCGCCUAUCCGCCAGUUGUGGCCGGUGGUGCAAGUGCGUGCGUUGUGCAUUACUUGAGGAAUGACAAGCCGGUGCAACCCGGGGAGGCACUACUGGUGGACGCGGGCUGCGAGUACUUUGGCUAUGCAUCGGACAUCACUCGAGUGUGGCCGCCCUUUGGGAGGUUCUCCCCUGCUCAGAGAGCAGUGUACGAGGCAGUGCGGCAGGCGAUGGUGGAAUGCAUAGCGAUGUGCAAACCAGGGGCAACGUUGAGGGACAUCCACCAGCACUCGGUCAUUGCGCUCUCGUCCGCGCUAGUGCAGCUAGGAGUGUGCACAGGCUCAGCACAGCAGGCGGCACGAGGGGCAUUUCGACAGUUCUACCCCACGUCUGUUGGUCACUGGUUGGGGUUGGACACGCAUGACAGUGCGUCGGUUUCCGCACUGCAACCGCUGAAACCAGGCGUGGUGCUCACAAUCGAGCCCGGGCUUUAUCUCCCAGACAUUGAACAAGUUCCAAAGCACCUGCGGGGCAUUGGGGUGCGCAUAGAGGAUGACAUUCUGAUCACGGCUGAUGGCAACGAGAACCUCACAGCAGCAGUUCCAGCGGACGUGGAUGCCCUAGAGGCCCUCAUGGCUGAAGCCAAGGAGAACAGAUGCAGAUGAGGAGAGGUGGAGAGCUGGGGGCCAGACAACAGCCUGUCCUAUCACAGAGCGCACGCUGCCGCUGUAAGCAGCAGUUUUAGCAGAUAUGGAUAAUGGAUGCCCUUGAGGACAUGAUGCCUGAAGCAGGCCCUAAGAUUCAUUUUAGGGUACGCUGAUUCAUCAUCCUCGCCCCCCAAUUUUAGGCUGAUUCUUGAGCCUUGCCCAUCAAAAAAUGGCCUGAAAAUUCAGCGUUACAAAAAACAAAAUCCCCGAUCGUUCAGUGUUACUUAUACAAAUAUAGCUGAUGUAGAUUUUUACUGGUCCUUUAGCAAUUAAGCGCUGACUUUCACUAAGGAGGUUAACGCUUGGCUGGUGCAAUUGAGGCACGAGUGAUUGUGUGGCCCUAGCGUGACUGGCGGAGGGGGCCAAGGGCGUGGAUCCUAGGG